ACUUAAAAGUAAUUUCAUCAUAGUAGAUUCACUCCUUAUCGCAGCGUCAUGACUGGCAGAGGGAGAACAUGCAAGGCUGCGACUCCUAAAACCGGUUGUGCCAAGGGCAAAACCACAACUGGAGAAUAUCCAGAGAACGGCUUAACAAAAGAGAAGCACAAUGCUACAACCACGGAACAGAAACCAAAGGGAAGGAGCCAGAAAACACCAAGCUGCACGAAGGAGAAGUCAUCGGAGCGGAGCAGUGUAAAGACAAAGAUCUUCACAGAGGAGAUGAACAAGCCACCGACAGACAACACCACGGCUCCUUCACGAGGUGCAGGAGCCAGAACCGGUGCUGGCAAAUCUAAAGGGAAAUCUGAGGUGGAGCAAACAAAACCACAGCCGGAGACAACAAAGGCCACAAGACAAGACUCUGCAACGGCCACAAAACCAAAGAAACGUCCCGGCACAGCCAAAUCAGAGGAGAAGACAAAGACCACACCGCCGGAGGACACCACCAAGACUUCUAUUAAGUCCCCAAAACCAAAGAAAUGUCCCGGCACAGCCAAAUCAGAAGAGAAGACAAAGACCACACCGCCGGAGGACACCACCAAGACUUCUAUUAAGUCCCCAAAACCAAAGAAAUGUCCCAGCACAGCCAAAUCAGAGGAGAAGACAAAGACCACACCGCCGGAGGACACCACCAAGACUUCUAUAAAGUCCCCAAAACCAAAAGCCUGUGCUACAGUGGACUCUCUUCUCUCCACAACUCUGGGGAAAUUGAAGAUUAAGAAGAUAGACAAAUCAAACACAGCAAAAGUCGUCAAUAAAUUGAUAGAACAGAUAAUCAAGCAUUUAAAGGAGAAGACCAACUGCUUCACAACAGCAGAGCCACUGCGCACUGGAAGCUACUAUGAGAAUUUAAAAAUUUCUAAACCUGAUGAAUUUGACGUGAUGCUGUCCAUCGAUGUUGACCGGGUGCUCCUGAAAGCGUUUGGAGAUAACGGAGCCUUCUACAGUGUGGCUUUAAAACGUGACAAAAACCCGCUGAAGAAAUUUCAGGACGGGGACAUUUUAUCUGCCAGUAAGAUGUUGACAGAGUUCAGGGACGAGGUGAAGAAGUGCGUCAAAGAUUUUCCAGAAUGGGAGGUGACAAGAAAGAGACCUGGCUGUCCUGCAGUGACCCUGACGACUGCAGUUCAGUCUGUGAUCGUCUCCCUGGAUGUUGUUCUCAGCAUUAAGGUCAAAACAAGCUGGCCAGCUUUUACCCAGCAGGGCUUUCAAAUCGAUAAAUGGCUGGGGACUAAAGGGAAGCAGGACUACAAGAGACAGCCAUAUUAUCUUGUCCCAAAAUACGAAGGCAAGGGAGCAGUCGAGCAUGACGGCAUUUCAGCUAAAGAUGCUUGGCGGCUUUCAUUCUCUCAUGUUGAGAAGGACAUUCUGUUGAAGCACGGCUCGGAGAAGACGUGCUGUGAAAGAGAAGGCCAACGCUGCUGCAGGAAGGACUGUUUAAAGCUCCUGAAGCACCUUCUCAGUCUGCUGAAAGAAAAAGAAGCUUCAUUUGAGAAGUUCUACUCCUACCAGGCCAAGACCACCCUGCUCCACGCCUGCAGCUCUAGAGUGAAAGACAGUGACUGGAGCGCCUCCAGUCGGAGCCGCUGCUUUCUGCAGCUGCUGGAGGACUUUAUAGGACAUCUGGAGAAAUGUGUUCUCCCCAACUUCUUCAUCCCAGAUCAGAACCUCCUCUUCGGCAUUGACAAGAAGAAGUGCCUCCACCUGGCUCGCUGUAUCGAGGAGCAACGUGACAACGACUUUCCUAUUUUCAGUUGUUGGCUUCAGAACAAUGAGGAGUAGCUUGACUAGAGACUUUAUCUGAACCUUACAUUGACAUUUAUGUUGCAAAAGGUGCCAUAAAAAUAAAGAUUAUAUUAUUACUA